AUGCAACAUUCAGCAAACGAGAGCAGGGAGACGUUCAAUGCCGACAUUCGCGAGUACAUGCUUGGAAAAGAGCGACUUAACAACAGAGCUAGGCUGCCAGAACUGAUCACUGAUGUUCCCACACUUCAAACACAAGUUGCUUUGUUGCUGCGAUUGGAUCGUCAAAAAGAAGAAGACCUCUUGAAGUUGAGCAAAGAGUAUGACACAUGCAAAGAUAAAGAAAAAACUCUGGAGUGCACGCUUUGGCUGGAUUGGCUGCUUGUUCAAAUGGAUGGUCUUAAUGCCGAGAGAACGAAGAUAAGCUUGGCUAUCAAUCGGCUCCAUGAAGCUCAAAAGAUGGUGUCAAUAUUACAAGAUGGUCAUCAAGCUCAAUAUGGUUGCCAUGUGACUUCAGAACACGAUAGAGCAGGGUCGGUGAUAUCUACGUCGGAGAAGGAUGUGCGGAUCUUGCAGGACAUCGGUGAAGAUGACGUGUUCAAAUUGGACGAGAUUGAUUCAUCGACAGACGAGACAGCAAGGUCAUCAACAAGUCAAGAUCGACUUGCUCCGCUCAGACAAGAAUUCAGUAGCUUCUUGUCGGAAGGUUCCAAGAAGAUGCCCAGCAGCAGCAGCAGCAGCAUCAGCAGCAGCAUCAGCAGCAGCGCCAUGGAUCAGCUUGGGCAGUUGAGCAGCUUGUUAUCAAACCUUCAGUUCACUCCUCGUUCCAAGUCUUCAAGUCACAAGUCCCUUAUGUACUUCGAGGGGGAUCAGUCUACUGACUUGCGCCUUGAAAGCGGCAGGCGUCGUUAUGUCUUCUAG